UGGUUCUUAUUUAAUAUUCAUACAAUGUAUUAGAUUGUUAUUUUCUAAUUGUUCUUUCAAUAGUAUCUUAUAACAGCAGAUGUAAUGAGAGGUUACCUACAUAAAUCUUUAUCUGCUGCAUUGGAGUUCAUAGUUGAAAAUGAUAGAGCCAAUCUAAUCACGUCACCUCAGUUGCUGGAAUUUGUUAGCUUUUACAUAACACAGGACACUCAAAAGCAUCAAUUGCUUCCUGAACUGCUUACAGGUUGUUUUCGGGUCACAGGGAAAAUUUUAACCCAGUGUUCUCUGAAGGAUCCUAUUACUGGUGACCUAACCGUUGAAGCAUCUGCAGUUCCUAUAGACUCUGUUGAUAUACAGUUACUUCGUGUUGAAUCUAUUCUCUCUGGGGAGAGGUUUGUCACUGACACAUCAGUGAUCCAGACUACUCAGAUAGCAGAUGGAGAUAUUUGUCGAUCUCUAACUUUGCCUAUCUACGUCCUACUUCCCCGUUUGUUGGUAUGCCCCACCUUGUUUGCUGGGUCAUUUUCUAUUGAGUUCCAUGUCUCGAUUACUGUGAGUUUCCAAUCUCAGCUAUCUAAACUGUACCGUAAAUCUGAUCUUAGAACUCCAAGGCCAUGGAUGGCGAUGGUGACUAUACCGCUUAAGGUAUACCGAACAUAAUGCUUCGAGGAGUAUCCUUCUGCUUUCUUGCGAAUUUGCGUUUGAGAAUUAUUCCCUGAUGAACUUCUCGCGAGGAUUGAGGGAAUGGGUUUGCAGCUGUGUCCCGUAGAGCCGGUUGGUGGACUGAUGAGUAGAGCAUAGCUGGAAGUGCUGUAGGAGGCUGAAUGUUGGGCCUUCGCCUUGCUUUCUCUAGCUUCCUCUGGCUCUUGGGCACUGACAGGCCUGCGGAAAUAUAAUCUGAUUUACUUCUUUCAAUCCCAACAGUGAUGUCAUCUGGUACCCUCUUCUACCUGUAGAUUAUUGCUAACCUGAGUUUCCAGGUUGGACACUGUUAUUCGGCUUUACCUCCGUGAGAGUAUCCUCCCAAAAUAUCAUAC